UGAACCAGAGACCCAAUCUAUCAGCCCUACGGCGGCUAUUCGACAAAUGCCUCGAGAGAGUUGACGCGUCUUCCGACUCCACACGCCAACACACGCCGUCUCGAGUUGCGGUCUCAGCCGCACGCAUGCAGAACGCCGGUGGUGGCCGGAAACCAGUCGCUGAGCUAAGGACCCUGGCGAGCCUGGGACCUGCAGGGGUUGGGUUGCGGCCCCCCAUGUACAUAGCUGGGAUACCUUUCUGGGAUCGUUUCACACCAGACAGCUGGGUCGGCUUCUCAUCUUUGCUCAUUUUUCCCUUUUCUCCCAGCUGUCGCUCAUUUAGGCCAUCCGUCGCUUGAGUCUGCGUCUAAUACCCGCGCGUGAUCAUCUAAGACGAACUCGGCGAGACCAUGUCAUAGAGACUCGAGAUGGACAACUACCCACCACGGCCACGGCCGCGCCCGCCGCUACGCUCCGAGACCUCGUCCAGCGCCUUUAGCAGGAUAUCAACCGUAUCUGACUUCACGGACCUUGGUAGUUUCCAAGGUCACGGAACCUACCCUCCCCUGCAAAACCGACCUUCUCUCUCUUCACUUCAGACGUCCAAUCCCGACCUUGGCCCCGGGAUAGGAAAUGAGGGUUAUACCUAUGCCAGCCCGACCUCCGGCUGGACCACUUUGACAACUUCACCCCACAAUAUCGGCUACUCGCCGGUGGCUUUAACAGACACGCCGCCGCAAUCCGGCAAGCAAGACCGCAACCACGCUCACACGCACCAUGAAGCAAUUCCCGAGGAGGACGGCGCCGACCUCGGGUUGGUCAACUCGGUUGCCUCCGUAGACGACGGGGAGAUGGAGAAGCCAAGCAUACGCGUUACCUCGGUCCCGAUGUUUGACCUGACAAAUACCCUGGGUCCGACAACCAAAGCCGACGAGGAUUUCGUCAAGGCCCUGCAGCAGCAGGAAGCGCACGGGAAGCUGACCGGCGGCCUGGGGCUCGGUAUCAAGACGGAUAUGACCGUGACCGAAUCCGCCCUGCUUGCCGCGAGCCCGGUGGCUGAACGACCGCUUAGUCGAUCCUUCUCCAGAGUUGGCAGACCCGUGAGCCGGGUUGAGACCCUAAAACGACUGGGACAGAGCGAGGCCAACAAGCGAGGCGAAGUGAUUGAAGUCGUCAUGGAGGACGCCCCGCCACAGUCCAAGGUCGAUAUCAGUUUGGUGUCGGGACACAACACCGAAGACCCGGUCCCGUUUGUCAUGAACCAAACGACGUUUCCGACCAGGAAGGCAACGGCCACCGUCUUCUAUCCACAGCCGAACUGGAAGCCGUUCUCGCUAAGGUGGCCGUACCUCGCCUUGCUGGUCGUCUUAUCGCUCGUCCUCGCAGGUUCCGUCGAGGCGUUAUAUCAGUCCUCCACCCGCGACCCGUUGAUCUCGUUCCGGGCCCCUUCGGAUAUUCCCGCGUCCGAGUAUUUUGCCGUUAAGUUUCUGCCCAUGAUCGUUGCCGUUUCGUACGGUGUGCUCUGGCAGAUCACCAACUUUGAUGUGAUGCGUCUCGAGCCUUUCUAUCAGUUGUCCAAGGAAGGAGGCGCCUUGGCAGCAGAGUCGAUCAACGUCGACUACCUGGCCCAGUUCAACCUCUUUCGCCCAUUUCGUGCCCUCCACUACAGACACUAUACCGUCGCUGUCUGCUCCAUCGCCAGCUUGCUGGCCAACACCUUGGUGCCCACUCUCGGGGCUGCAUCCAUUAUCCUCACCCCAGACCGCCACCGCCGCCAUGCAUUUCCCAAUGAGGAGAAGCACAUCCUCGUGCACCAUGUCUGGUCCCGUCUGCUGACCGCCACUUUUGUCGUCAUCGCCGCCCUGAGUUGCAUUCUCUUCUACCAGCUGCAGACCCGCCGCACCGGCCUGCUCGCCGACGUCAAGGGCAUCGCCGGUCUGGCGUCCAUGGCCACCGUCUCCCACAUCCUCAUGGACUUCAAGGACAUGGAUGUCGCGACCCAUCAGGACAUUCACCACAAGCUCAAAUCCCACCGCUACGUCCUCCGCAACUCCUCACUCGCCCCGGACGACUCUUUCUCUGCCACUCAAACCCCCAACGGAGCGCCCGUCCCAGAACCCGACCGCUACACGAACCACCACCUCUCGCCCAACCCGCAGCCCCUGAUGCUCCGGCCCCAGGGCGCCCUGCCCUUCCUCGCCUUCAUCCUCCUCUUCACCGCGCUCCUCCCCAUCAUCCUCUUCACCCCGGCCACCGUGCUCACCGACCACGCCCCCUGGCUCGUAACAGCGCUCGCCGUCGUGAUCAAGCUGUCCUGGGGCGCGCUCGAGACCGACGUGCGCGUCAUGGAGCCCUACUACAUCCUCUCGCGCCGCCACGCCCCGCCCAAGACCCUCUGCCUCGACUACACCGCCAUGCCCUUCGGCUGGGUCGCCGUCCAGGGCUUGCUCAACGGCCACUGGGUCGUCUUCGCCGUCGGCCUGGGCACCGUCGUCGCCGAGGUGCUCACCGUGCUCGUCACCAGCCUCGCCACCGUCGAGGGCCGCGUCUUCCUCGACAUCGUGGAGAAGGGCGGGAAAGAAGCCGCCGCCGCCGCCGCCGCCGCCGCGCUCGCUGCCGGUGACGACGGCGGCCCCGGCGGCAGACGAGGGGGCGACAUCAACGCCGGUCAGGAAACCGUGCCCAGCUUCUGGCUAUCGCUGGCGCUGGCCGUGCUCAUCCUGGUGUACAUGGGCGCGGUGGCGGGCGUGGUGUUUGUGCGGCGCGGGCGGGUCUUUCUCCCGCGCCAGCCCAACACCAUCGCCAGCGUGCUGGCGUACAUCCACCAGAGCAAGAUGCUGUACGGCUUCGUCGGCACCGCCAAGCUGUCCAACGCCGACAUGCUCAAGCGGCUAGAGCAGCUCGGCAAGGCGUACGGGCUCGGCUGGUUCCAAGGGCGCGAUGGCCAGAGUCAUUGCGGCGUGGACGAGGAGGAGCUGUUGAGCGGGUAUAAGGUCGGGUAUGAUUAUUCGAGGGCGACGAAGCCGUGGGAGGAGACCGAGGUUAAUUGGUUGUGAGGUUGGGGAUGGGUUUUUUUUUU